UUUUCGUAGUUUACCGACUAUAUUUUUCUGCUCUGAAUGAGAUACGGAGUUGCUCUUUCUAAGUCAAAUUACCACGAAGUCCACCGUCUGUGCCUCUGCACAGCAUCGCUCUUUCAGUUUCUGUGCCUCUCUGCUCAUGGUUUCACUACCACUAGCCUUCUGAGUGUUGUUUCUGGUUUUGCACAGUUACAUUACUAUUUCUCUCAUCCCUCUCUCAUGGAUUCAAAUGAAACCCAACAACCCAUUGAAAACCAACAACAACCCAAUCCAACUCUCCCCUUCACAUCAAAAUUGAAACCCUAUGCAUUCUACUUAUCAUCCAUCCUAAUUCUCAUCCUUGCUAUCUCAUUCAGUUUGACCAAAACAAACUACCUCAAAACCCAGCAGCUGAAGUACACAUUCUCAUCACAGCCCGCCAUUUUUCAAGCUCUGUUUGGCUUUCUUCAACCAAAACAAAAAACCAAGCAAGCCCAGGUACCAAAUCCCAUUUCCAAGCCCCCCUACUGUGUUCUGUGGAUGGCUCCUUUCCUUUCAGGUGGUGGGUACAGUUCAGAAAGCUGGUCAUAUAUUUUAGCCCUUCAUGAACACAGUAAAAACCCAAACUUUAGAAUGGCUAUUGAGCAACAUGGUGAUCUGGAGUCCCUAGAAUUCUGGGAGGGCUUGCCUAAAUAUAUGAAGAACUUGGCAGUUGAGCUUUACCACACACAAUGUAGUAUGAAGGAGACCAUAGUCAUAUGCCACAGUGAGCCUGGUGCUUGGAACCCUCCAUUGUUUGAAACACUCCCUUGCCCACCAACAGCUUACCAAAAUUUCAAGUCGGUGAUUGGCCGGACCAUGUUUGAGACCGAUAGGGUGAAUCCGGAACAUGUGAAGCGCUGUAACCAAAUGGAUUAUGUUUGGGUUCCUACUGAGUUUCAUGUGUCAACAUUUGUACAAAGUGGGGUUGAUAAAUCUAAGGUUGUGAAAAUUGUGCAGCCUAUUGAUGUGAAGUUCUUUGAUCCACUUGAGUAUGAGCCUUUAAAUCUUGCCUCUAUAGGGAAGUUUGUUAUGGGGAAGACAACCCAGAAUUCGAAAGUGAAGAAGAAAUUUGUAUUUAUGAGUAUAUUCAAGUGGGAGUAUAGGAAAGGAUGGGAUGUGUUGUUGAAAUCUUAUUUGGAAGAAUUCAGUGAGGCAGACGGGGUUGCCUUGUAUCUUCUAACAAAUCCUUAUCACUCUGAUAGAGAUUUUGGGAAUAAGAUAGUGGAGUUUGUGGAAAAAUCUGGAAUGCAGAAACCAGUGACUGGUUGGGCUCCAGUUUAUGUGAUUGAUACUCACAUAGCACAGAUUGAUUUGCCACGGGUAUACAAGGCAGCUGAUGCAUUUGUUCUUCCAUCUAGAGGGGAAGGGUGGGGAAGGCCUCUUGUUGAAGCUAUGGCAAUGUCAUUGCCAGUGAUUGCUACGAAUUGGUCAGGGCCAACGGAGUAUCUGACUGGGGAGAAUAGCUAUCCACUGCCGGUGGAUAGAAUGAGCGACAUAAUGGAAGGGCCUUUCAGAGGGCAUCGCUGGGCAGAACCUUCUGUCAGUAAGCUUCGUGUGCUCAUGAGGCAUGUGCUGAAUAAUGUCGAGGAAGCCAAGGUGAAAGGGGAAAAAGCAAGGGAAGACAUGAUCACAAGGUUCUCUCCUGAGAUCGUUGCAGAUAUCGUUACUAAACAUGUGCUUAAUAUACUUCAGAAGGUGGAUCAGUAGUUGCACUGUUUUCUUAAGAAGCUCCAAGUUUGCUUGCGCUUGGCUAGGUGUUGAUCAUGAAGCUCAGGCUUACAAAAGGCUUUGUCAAGCCUGAUUAAGGAAGCGAGGACAAAUUUAAAACGUUCAAACGUAGCUCCUCUCUAAGUUGAUUGGAUGCUAAAAUUUCAAAGCAUUGUUGUGAGGAAGCGAGAAAAUGAGUAUGUCUCGUAUUUUAUUGCAAGAUUUUGAUUGUAU